AUGGCUCGCGAAGGAACGCGCUCGCAGACGGGCAACUCCAAGCCGCGCGUCUUCCCCGUCAUCGACACGGCGCCGGCCGUCAAGCGGACAACCAAGCCCAAAGCGGCCAAGAAGAAGGCGACCAGCAAGACAGAGGCAAAGGGUGCCAAGCCCGCUGGUGUGACUAAGAAGCAGGCGCCCGCGAAGGAGAGCGGUGCAGCUAAGAAGGUAUUCGAGCCGCAAAUCCGGCUUAUGGCUGGUAACCCUGGAAGCGAUGGCUUUGCGCUGAUGAGUCCAUACCCACAGGUCAAGGCAGCGGUAAAGAAGACGACAAAGAAGGUCGCUGCUGGCGAAAAGAAGGUCGAGAAUGCGGUCGAGAAGGCCGAGAAGCCUGAGAAGGCCGACAAGGCUGAGAAGCCUGAGAAGGAGGCUAAGCCCAAGACAGCAACUAAAAAGAAGGAAGCUCCCGCUGCCAAGUGA